AUGUCGCGCUGUUGCCGCGGAUACAAACCGAGACGGGAAGAUGCUGACGACGACGAGGCAGAUUCCUCCGAUGGUGCGAUUGAAGAAAUCCAAGGCUGUGACAUCUUUCGCCACUGUCCCGCGCUGGGCUUACGCUGCGUAACCAUCCCCGCCAAGCUGGAUGGAAUCACCCUGGGCGCGUGGCCGUACGUGGGUUUCGCCACCCGCGCCGUCACUUCUACUGGGCGCACCUGCAACGCCCAACUAACCGCGGCGUCCUUUUCCGAACUCAAGGGGAAAAACAAAACGCAGGUGGCGUUCAUCAUGCGGGAAAGUCGCGAGGCCAUAAGCAUGCCCAAGGCCGACACAAAGUUUCACACCGGCGAUCGUGUGCUCCUUUUCUUCGAUCCCGCCGACGAGCCAGCGGAAUCCUGGUGGACGGAGGUUUUUGAAGAAAAGGGCAUCCAAACAUUUCCAGAUCGUGAGCGGGAACAUCAAACAUUCAGCAUUGACCAGUUGGCUUUCUGUCGUGUCACCUACCAAGGCGCGCCAGCAGUUUUGGGCCCCGCCGUCUUCCUGCCGCCCGCCGACGAGAACGUGCGGGAGUUUCUAGAUUUGCGAGCGACGCUCGGACUCGGCUGCAUUGCGGUACAAGAAACGACGAAGGGUACUAGCCGUACUUCUGACAUUGCCACAAACGGCACCAAGUAUGCGGGGCCAAAGACGGUCGUGUACGAACGCGAUUCGCUUUUCUUUGUCAAUGUCGCGAGCGAGUCAAGUAGGUUGCUAAGGGCGAAGCGCUGCCACUUGUUCCGGAAAUUGUUGCGGAAUCCGGAGACGAUCCUGCCAAGACCGCUGCACGUGCCGUAUAAUCUUUCCGAGGAGGUAAGGCAACUAGUCGAUCUGGAGCCAGCUCUGCCAGAAGCGUUGCUCCAAGAAAUCAGGGUCCUGCGACAGCUCCAUGAGCUCGUGAAGAUGAAACAGCAAGUCACAUGGCGCUGCCACGUCACAGGAACGACGACCGCUGUUUCACUUACUACAUCUAGUACACACUGCAGCUCUGCAGCGAAGGCAACUGGAAUGCAACCAACUCCAACUCCAACCCCCGGCGGUCCUCCUGCUACCCUCCAAUUGGAACUGCCGCUGGCGAAACUGGUCUGCGUUUUCGAACCCAGACUCCAGUACUGGUACCAAUCCUGGCAGGAAAAGAUCCCGGAUUUGCUGCGCCCCCUGCUGAGCCCCGAUUACGGUGAGAGUUUUGCGGAUCUCGUCCGAUUUCUCCGGAACGGUUUGGAACACAUCACGCACCAAGGCAGCGAACAAGUACGGCGUGAACUUCUCCGCUGGUGCCCCUGCCCGCGCAAGUGGCAGCAGGUGCAGGAGCCCAGCAAGGAAACCAUGGAGGUGCUGUUUCUCUUGCGGCUGCUUGCAGAAGACAACGAAAUGUUCCGGCUGCUGCCUCUGGUGUGCAAACAGGUUCUGGAGGUUGUAGGGAGAUUGUGCGCAGGAUCACACAACUUCUUGUGCGCGGAAAAUAGUACUAGUACCUGUUCCGAGUUGUACAUCGCAGAGCUUUUGCAGCAAACUGGCGGCGAAGUACGGGACGCGAUUCGAGAGCCAGGUCUCUUCUUUCUCAUUAAGUUGCUCUCGUCCGAUGCAGAUGUAACCGCGGUCGCCAUCAUUUUGGAGAGCUUUCCCAAUCUACUGGAACUACGGAACGCGUAUGGCGAGACCGUUGCAGCGUAUUUGCGUUCGUGCAUCAGCUACUAUGGGAAUGAUGCGCGAGGAAAGUAUACAGAUCAACAUCCCGUCAAUGCAACAGGUUCGUCGUCAGACGAGAAUUAUGUUAGUCUUCUGGAACGUCUUCAACACCGGCUUUUCAACUCUGAGGAGCUCGCAAAUACCACUGGAGGUCUUUUUCCAGAUCAGGACUGCGAUGAAGAAACGCCUAGUAAACGGCGGAAGCUGUAG